AUGUCUUGGACUUGUGUGUAUGAAGGUUCGCCUGAUCUCCUACCUUCACCUUAUAGCGAAAUAGAUUAUAUUCUUCAGAAAGUUUCUGCUUCAAAGGUUCUGGAUAAUGUCAAUCUACUGCAUCAGAGUAAUAAACCAUAUCUGCCUCCAUGUCACAGCAAGGCACUAUUUUCUUCAAGUGGAGACAGCAAUGGCUCACUAAAGACUGACGUAUCUAGAUCUUCUGACUGUACAAAUCAGGAAGUGCAAGCAGAACUAAAAAAACGUCAUAACGUUUCUCCUACAAAAUUUGCACAGAGUGAUGAUCUUUGGGAGUCUUGUGUGUGUCUCGAACCUCCAUUGAUCCAUGGUGUCCAAAUUCAACAGGAUUCAGAACUUAAGUCUUCCAAUACCAGCUUAGAAGACUGUUCCAGUUCUAGAUAUGGUUUUACUUUUCCUGAUGAGGACAGUUUAAUUACAUAUGACGGACCUUUCUCGACGCUUGAAGUGAAAAUUCUGCCUAGAAUUGAUAGUUUUGUGUCUUCCCCUGAAAGCAAUCUAAAUGAAGAUGAUUUGGAUAGUCAAGACUCAACUUUUGUAAUGAUCAAGAGUCUUAUAGAAUCUGUACUUGAUGGUGAUGAUGAUUACGAUGACGAUUACUAUAAUUGUGAUUAUGAUAAUUCCUCAAUGGAUGAUAUUAUGGCGGAGCUGGUCCAGCAAGGAUCUAGAGUUGCUAAACUAAAUCUUUCUUACCAGCAGUUGAGUCCAGGAAGGGAUCCAUUCUUUUUGUCUUCCCCCUCUUGCCCAUGCGGCAACAUUCAUCAGGGUGAUCAUGAGCUUAGAAGGUUUGGUUUUGAAGCUGAUGAAUCAAUGUUCCAACAGGGCAUAAUGCCAUCACUUGAGGUGCCUUCAUGGAAGGAGAAAACAAAGCUAAUGCUGAACUGUUUUGAACAUCUGGAUCCAGACUAUGACUGUUCUGUAAAGGGAGUUCCUGAUUCUAAUGGUGACGGUGAAACUGGGAGCAAGUGA